UUAAAUUCAGAUUUACAUGCUAUGAUAGGUCGGAAUUUUUGAGGCAAGAAGUUACUUAUAUCAUCUCAUACGCCAUUCACACAACAUCUGAUCACCAGAAAGAGAUAUCAAGCUGAGAAGAGCAUGGGCUGUACGUCAGAUAAAAUGGCGCUGACAACGAUUCCAGAGGACGAAAAGCAACUCGUCAAAAAUUCGUGGAAUAUAUUCAUAUCCAGAGGAGAUUUUUCUGAUACGGGAUCAUAUAUGUACAAAGUCCUUCUACAAGACAAUCCACAUUUAAAAUCAUUGUUUUCUUUCAUGAAUGUAAAUGGAGCUCCUUUUGACAGCCCAAUGUUUAAAAGUCAUGUUAGAAACGUUUUCACGGUAAUCGGCGACGCUGUGGACCACAUUGAUGACUUAGAUAGCUUAAGUCCCAUCCUCAAGGAACUUGGGACAAAACAUCAAGGAUAUGGUGCCAAAAAGCAACAUUUAGAGCCCGUGGGAAAUGCGUUGCUAUGUGCAAUUGAAAAACAAUUAGAAGACGACUUUACUCAGGACGUUCAUCGUGCCUGGAGAACGUUUUUUGCAGUAUUGAGUUACAGUUUUGCACAAGGACUAGAUCAGGCCAACGGAAAGGAUGGCUAAGGCUGAAUUUCCCAUUUUUUUGUUAUAAAAUUAUUUCAUAGAUACAUAUACAUGUACGCUGUGCAAAGACAAAGUAUCAAAAAAAAUUCACAUUACUAAAUUUGAUCGAUUUAUAAUGACCAAGAGAUUGGGAUAUUGCAAAAACUGUACAUUGUAUUUCAUGCUCCUUGAGAAAUGACUUAAGGUUGUUACAGCACUUGAAUUUAUACCUUUUUAAUGGACAAUAAUCAAGUGCUAUGUGAUUUUGAUUUGAUUUUGUUACCAAUUUAAUUUUAGUUGCAAACAAAUAGUUUAAUUUAUAUGUAAGCACUAUAUGAAACAGCGUGUACUUUUAUGUAUACGUAAUUAUGUUUAGAGAAGUUUAAAUUUGUUGAAAAGUGCACAAAUUGCAUUGCUGUAACUUUAUCCUACAAACUUUUUAAAAUUUUAGUGUUGUUUUAUGUCGUCGUUG